UCUUCUUUUUUAAACUAAAAUCGCUACAGUUUAAAAUUUCUCCUCUCAUUCAUGUUUUAUGUGUUAUUACAUAGAAUAUAUUAGUUUAGAAGCCUACGAGGAGCAUCUUCUUGUAUAGGCAUCUUGCUUUUUCACGAUGUUCACUCCAUGUCUUCAUCAAAUUGCUUUUCUGGUCAUUUUAUUUUUUGAAGUUUUUAGAAGUUUGGUGAAGCUUUGGCUCAUCGCAUGCCUCAAAUGGACAUGGUAUGUAAACGUUGUGUGCUGUGGAAUCUAGUGUCCAUCUCUUCUUUAGGUGUGACUUUGCGCGACAAGUUUGGCUUCUGUCUCGGGUCCAGCUCCGCUCAGAUGCAAUGCCAGAUACAAGCAUCCUUGAACUUUGGAUAAGGCUCAACAAUGACCUCCAAGACUCAGCUGAGAAAGACCAAACGGUAGCUUUCAUGGUGGGGACAUUAUGGAAGGCACGAAAUGCCCUACUGUUUGAGCAACAACCUUGGUCUGUAUCCCAGGUUCCUUGAUAAAGCAAACACUUAUUUCCAGGAAUUUGGCUUGUGUAAGCCGCAACCUGACCGAAACACUGCAACGAAUCAUCUCGUCACGAGUGAACGGUGUCCUCCUCCAAUUGGGACUCUCAAGUGUAAUUUUGAUGCGGCGUUUCACAACCAUGAUAAGCAAGGCGCGGCAGGGGCAGUCUUCCGGGAUCAUCUAAGGAGAUUUCAGGGCUGUAAAGCUGAAUUACUACAAAGCUGUGUGAGUGUCGCCCUCUUAGAAGCCUUGGCACUAAGGGGGGCGACGAGGCUAGCGGAAGAAAAAGGAUGGCGGAGCGUGUCUUUUGAAGGGGAUGCUGAGAUGAUAGUAGAUAUGGUAAAUGGCUGCUACUCAGUGUCUCAAGAGGUUGCAACUGUAAUUGAUGAUAUUGUUUCUAUCAAAGAAUUUUUCAGUCACUGUUCCUUUAAGUUUGUUUCUAGGACUAUCAAUUGGGUGGCAGAUAUGUUUGCUAAAAAAGCCCUUAUCUGUAAUGGUUUUGUCCGUGAUUCAACCAGCCAACUGAAAUGGUUGAAUGAGCUGUUGAACUUGUAACCCUUUCCAAUUGCAAUGAAUCAUAACUUUUGUCAAAAAGAAAAAAAAAAGAAAAGAAAAGAAAAGAAAACUACAAUAUCAUGUAUUGAUAAAAAAGAGAGAUAUUUGCUAAAAAUACAUAACCUUCACAUUAGUUGUAUUACCACACAACCUAUAACAUCACUAACUUGGCCAUUGCUAAUCCUCUCCAGAAUCUCGAUCAAAGCCAAUCACAAUCUAUUAUUCAUCUAUCACCUAACUUAUGAGGAGGUCAUGGCUCACUGAAUCAAUUAUCUCAU